UUUUAUUCCUUUCGAUGUCGUUUGCCUUUCAUCGCGCCGUUUUUCAGGCUUCCGUGGGGUUUUUUCUAAAACAGAGAGAUUUCAGAGGAAGCAGAAAAGGGAAGCAAUGAAAGCCUCGGAGUCUUCAGUGAAACCCAGCAACAAUUAUCCUCAAAACAGAGAAAAGCCAACAAAACCCAGUUUCAGGCCAGCCAAGGACGAUACUAAGCCUAUCCUCCAAGACCCAAUAUUGAGAUCGGAUCCCAUUGAGACAGAGGAAGCUGUGCUGCGAUUGCCCCCCUUUCCAUUUGCCAGAACAACGAACCCCAAAUCCUAAAUCGGUUGAGAAGCCAUCAUUGGAAUUCUCUUUUUUUCUUUAAAUUGUAUUUUUUCUUUUCAUUUUGGAUUAUGGGAUUUGUGGUUUACUAGAGUAUUUUCACUAAUUGAACGUGUAAUGCCGUGCUCACUCUGAAAAAUGUUGUCUACUUGUCUCUGCUUAAUCGUGUGCUGCCUUUUUAACUCCUUUUGCUAACUGGAGGGAUUUUCAAGAGGAGAAUUACAAAAACGAUAUAAUAACAAAAAAAAAAAAAAAAUUUC